AUGGUGUCUACCAACCUGGGUGGAGGCGCUGGCGGUGAUGGCGGCGGCGAGGUAGAUGAGAUCGCCUCGCGCGGCGCGGUCGCGGCCAGGAAAAGGAGGGAGAGGAGUAUGGUCAGGUCAGGAGGUUCCUCCAUCUCUCUCCCGUUCAUCUAUCUUCCAGACGUCGAUCCAAUUCCCGCCGCCAUCUGCUCCCGCCCGCCUGCUCCCCGCACGCGGCCGUCCAGAAGGCCUGCGCGCCCGGUCGGCGCCGGCGCUCCUCGCCGCGGGAGAUGUCGCUGCUCCCACCGCGGCCGGUCCGCAGGCUCGCGCAGCCCUCCGCUUCGUCCCCGCCGCAGCCGGUCGUCCUCGUCCCCGACCUCCAUCCCGCUGCGCGCCUCCUCGCUACUGGCGGGCCGAGCGGCGGCCGCCCAGGCGCUGCCCUUCAUCGCAGCUCCCCACUGUGAGGCCGGCCUACCUCUGCCCUACGGUUUUGGGCCAGCAGCGGCGGACCGUCCCCGUCAGGCACCGCCAGUUCCGCCCGGGUGGCCAUCCCCGCGCAGGCGGCACCCAUCCCUACCGAGGCGCCGCGUGUCCUCGGUCGUGGCCGCGCAGGCGCCGGCGCGUCUCCUCCUCCUGCAUCCCCCGCCGCCGUCCCCGUCCCCAGCCGUGGCCGUGCUGGCCUAG